AAUUUCCAACCCGCCUCAUGCAUCACCAACGUGAUAAGCUGAUAACAUUCACCUUGAAAAGAACGAUGAUCGAUGCACGCAGAUCUACGACCCAACCAUACCCCGAUGCUCGAUACGAGGGCUUGACAACUGUGCAUGCAUGCAUGCAUGCAGCCCUCACAAAGUAUGAAGAGGCCCAGCAGCUGCACAGCAUACCUCCGCCCCUCCUGUUCUUUCCUUUUUACAAAUUCGACGCGUACACCCGACCCCCACUUCACAACUUUCCUCUACAACUUCGAAAGAGACAGUCUACGAAGAAGAAGCAGAAGAAGAAAUAAAAAUGACAGACCUCCCCCAGAUCAUCAACCAAAUCCGCACCCAGCGGAUCCAACGCAUCGUCGUCCUCGUGGGCGCGGGCAUCUCCACCGCAGCGGGGAUCCCGGACUUCCGCACUCCCGGGUCGGGCCUCUACGACCAGCUGCAACCCCUCCGCCACCUCCUCCCCUACCCGGAGGCCCUCUUCAGCCUCAGCUACUUCAAGCACACACCGGAGCCUUUUUACGCGAUCGCGCGGGCCCGCCACCCGCGCACCUUGCGCCCAACCCGCACGCACGCCUUCCUGCUGUUACUGAGUCGCAAGAACCUGCUCCAUUUCCUGUUCACGCAGAACGUCGACGGCUUGGAGGCGGAGGUGGGGAUCCCCGCGGAUAAGACGUUGAAUGUGCACGGGAGCUGGCGCGCGGGCCAGCGGUGCUGGAAGUGUGGGACGGCGUGUCCAGACUCAAAGAUGCGGGAGGCGGUUCGGACGGGCGCGGUGCCGUAUUGCUCGGUGGCUGAGUGUGAGGGGGGCGUGGUGAAGCCCGAUGUCGUGUUCUUUGGCGAGGAGAUCCCCCCCGAGUAUGCGGAGCGGGAGGCGGUGGUGCGCGAGGCGGAUCUUAUGUUGGUGCUGGGGACGAGUUUGAAGGUCGCGCCGUGCUCGCAACUACCCCGGUUGGUGCGGGAGGGGGUGCCCCGGGUUUUGGUGAAUCGCGAGGCGGCGGGGGAUCUGGGGAAGAGGCCCGGGGAUGUGUGUGUGCUGGGGGACUGUGAUGAUGGGGUGUGCGGGUUGGCGGAGGCGUUGGGGUGGGGGGGAGAGUUGGAGGAGGUGUGGAUGGAUGCAGUUAGAAGGGUGGAGGUGCAGUCGGAGCAGGAGGAUUGGGGGGAGGAGGUGAGUUUGGAGGUGCUGGUGGAGCAAUAUGCGAGGUCGGUGGCGGAUGCGAGGUUGGUGUUGGGGGGUCAUCGACGGAUGUUGGAGAGUCAUCUGGGGGAGAAGUUGGCGAAUAUCCGGGGCAGGGGUUAGGCUUGGCUUGACGGUCGCUGUUAAUUAGUCUCGGUUAGCUAUUCAGUCUGGCCUUUGAGUGGGUGACAUAUCGCAUUCCGCGACGCCAUGUGUUCUAGAUAUAGGCAUUGAGUCACGAUAUGAGUCCAGGAGGCUGGUGUGGUUGACUAGUAUAACUUAAAGGCUGGUCGGUGGUUAACGGGGGAGAUAUAAGUCUAGCCUUAUAUGAGCAAGAUACACCAUUCUGCAACGC